AUGAUAAGUCGAAAAUUGAUCAAUCUUGUGUACACCCAGUCGAUUGGUCUAAAUAUAUUUCCUCUACGAGAUUUUGGCAGUAGUGUUGAUCAGGGAACAGCUAAGCGUCUUGGCCGAUGGUCUACUCGUCUCUACAUAGGUCUGCUCAUCACUGGUCUCGCUAUUCUUGCCUUAUACAAUCUUGUUCAACCACAAAGUCUGACUAAAACUUUUAAUAGACCAUCUUUCGAUUUAUAUCAUCAACUCAAUGAACAUUAUGGUGAUAAAUUAAAAUGUUCAUGUUCAUUGAUUGCAUCAACAUAUGAUCAAUUUGUCAAAAUUCAACCACUAUUUCAUGAGAUAUGUUCAAGUCCAUUUGCCUCGGAUCAGUGGCGAAUAAAUCUCACAGCUGGUCUUGUUCCUAAUCUUACUGAAUACGAACAAAGAGAUUAUCGUCGUUUUCUCUCUGCUCAUUUACAAUUUCUUACUGGAUUAUGUCAACUUUCCAUGAACUUGCAAUGUUCACCCUUACUGUGCUCGUAUACCUACAGCCAACAAUUUAACUUAUUGUAUACAAUAACCCUUCUGCUUGGUCUUCAAGGUGGUCUCACAAUUGUUCUCAAAUGGAUCUGUCCUAAAAUACUUCAAAUUGUAGAGAAAGUAUAUCAACAUCGAAAGAAACGCACGAACAUUGUUCAACCUGUCAGUUCCCUUGAAAUCACAGUCGCUGAUCAUAUUCAAACAGACAUCGGGAAUCCUACUAAUGGUGAACAAUCAACUCCAAUGACUAAAACAUCUCAGUACGCUGUCUUUCUUUUUAUUUGA